AGGAGCAAAACACCAUCUUUUGUCUUGUGACGCUCAGACGGUCUGUGCGGCUGCCGCUUUCAGCUGUUUUCUUCACAUCCCUCGUUCAGGUUGAGUCUUCACACAAUAAUGGCAACAGCAGGAAAGGUGAUCAGAUGCAAAGCAGCUGUUGCUUGGGAGCCCAGGAAGCCUCUUUCUAUUGAAGAUGUGGACGUCGCCCCGCCCAAAGCUCAUGAAGUUCGAAUCAAGGUUGUCGCCACCAGCGUGUGCCACACGGACUGGCAGUGUCUGUACGAGGCCGGCAACGCCAGCAACCUCCGACCGUUCCCGUUGGUUCUCGGCCAUGAAGGGGCGGGCGUAGUGGAGAGCGUCGGUCCCGAAGUGACCAAGUUUGCACCGGGCGAUAAGGUCAUUCCUCUUUUCCUGCCCUGUUGUGGAAAGUGUGACCGCUGUAAAAGUGACAAAACAAACCUCUGCAAGAAGAACUGGGAAAACAUGCAAGCGGGCGUUCUGGCUGAUGGCACCAGCAGAAUAUCCUGCCGGGGUCAGCAGGUGUACCAGUUCCUCGGCGUCAGCUCCUUCUCUCAGUACACGGUGCUGCCAGACACUUCUCUCGCCAAGAUCGACGCCGCCGCUCCGCUGGACAAAGUCUGCCUGCUGGGCUGCGGCGUCUCCACGGGUUACGGGGCGGCUGUUCAGACCGCCAAGGUUGAGAACGGCUCCUCGUGUGCCGUGUUUGGGCUUGGAGCGGUGGGCCUGGCUGCCAUCAUGGGCUGUAAGGAAGUCAUGGCCAGCAGGAUCAUCGCUGUGGACAUCAACCCUGAGAAGUUUGAGAAAGCUAAAGAAUUCGGAGCCACUGACUGCGUCAACCCGAGAGAUCACACAGGCAAGACCAUCCAGCAGGUUGUGGUGGAGAUGACUGACGGAGGAGUGGACUACGCCCUGGAGUGUGUCGGCAGUCCCGUCAUCAUGAGAAAUGCGUUGGAGUCCACCAGAGAGGCCGGGGGAACGUGCGUCAUCGCUGGGUGGACGGAGACGGAGACAAUGAGCGUCCCCGUCAUAAAGAUCCUGAUGGGACGCACGCUGAAAGGGACGUAUUUUGGAGGUUGGAAGAGUGCGGAGGACGUGCCCAAACUGGUGGAGAAAUACAUGCAGAAGAAGCUGAAGCUGGAUGAGUUUAUCACUCACAGCCUCUCAUUGGCUAAGAUCAACGACGCCUUUCAGCUUCUGGUGAACGGUGAAAGCAUCCGAACAGUCAUCAGUCUGGGAGAAGAGACGGAUAAACCAGAACGCACUCCUGCAUGAAGAAAUCCCGUUUAUUGAAAAGGAUAAAAAUUGCUGCUUAUGUUUCUGCAACCUUUAAUAAAAACUACUAGGUCAGUUUUUUUUCCAUGUGUGAGUGUGCAGCCAGUUACCACUAGGUGGCAGUGUUAUGAUAUGCAAACGCUGGAAUGUUUGUGCCGUUAUUAAUCAUCCUGCUUUGAAAUAAAGCUGAAAAUACGA